AUGUGGAUCCGAGGCGCGGUGGUCGUGUGUGUUGUGACGUACGGGAUUGUGGUGCAAGGAAUCUGCCUCAUCGAUGAAUUCACAGUCUCGGCACAUCAAAUGCUUAUACUUCUGGUGUGUGUACCGGUGGCUGUGGUGGCUCUUUCGAUGCUCAUCAGUGAGUACUUGGUGUUCCCAGUUCCAUUCUUCGCAUUGCUGAUGAUGCCCCCGUUCUUUAUCAUCUUGACAUUUUUUCUUCGAGUGGUGGUAGGGUCCACCGCUAUUCGGCACAUGCUGGAGCACCGAGAUCAGUCGAUGCACUGUAUUCGCUUCGUAUGCGCUCAAGCCUCGACAAUUGUGAUUUUUCCAGUGUACGAAUUAUUUUUUCGAGCCGCAGCUGGAUCGCACUACCAGAUUUUCGUGAUUCUACUUCUCCCAGCUCUGAAAGUCACGACCAAGAACGUGGUCUUGCACUUCGCCAAGAGUCUGGAGGACAUGAUUCCGGUUGAAGUGAUUUUUACAGCUGAUUAUUGUAACGCCGUUUACGUUGCUACGUGGAUGCAGAGCUCGUCUUCAACUACCUCUGUAGUAGCCAUCACACUCACCGAUCUAUCGCAGACGAUGUUUAUGCUUUACGGAUUGCACCGACGUACUACCAGAAUCUCAUCAAAACUUCGCCAAACUGUCGGUGAUGCUGAUACUGAUCAUGGCAAUAUGCUGAGCAUGAUUUGCUGGAUAUGUCGCCAUCCCGACCGCUUUGAGAGGCAAGCACACAGGGGGAUUCGAAGACGAUCGUGCCUGCCUCAUCACAUAUCCUCCGUGAAUACACGAGUACUUGACAGCCUGAACCAAAUUCUAACUGAACCAGACCCACAACCUCACGGCUCGCCCCAACGUCCAACGAUUCUUCUACGAUCGCUCGAAGCGCUCUUCACAACUGAGUGCCUUAUCAUUACGGCGUAUCUUGAGGCGUUCAUGCCUCUGUUCUACUGCAGCUACAUGAUGGUAAUGGUGCAUCUACAGAGUGCUCAAUAUCACAGAGAGAUGAUUGGUAUCACUCGUAACAACGUCGUGACCACGAUCGUCCCGCUCCUUGUGUUCGGGAUUCUCCAGAUCGCGUCGUUCGUGGUAUUAGUGCUGCUGAUCAAGCACAACUGCGGCAUGCGGGCGCUUUACCAGUUGGCGUUUGUCUUAGAGAAGCAGAGGGCGCUGGUUCAGUGCAAGAUGGUGCUCUGGAUGCUCAUCACCUUGUGCUUUCGUGUACAGCAUUUUGGUGUUGAUUUCAAGUUUGAAUUUGUUCGUCUUGGGGCUCCGAGGUUCUGGAUACCACAAGGGUAG